AUGGCUUUCAAAUUCUAUGCUCUGACAUUGGCUUUGAUGCCCUCCAUCCAAGCCAUACAAGUCGCAAACUUCAAUGUUUCUGAAUAUAUUGCUAGCAAAUACGGUUGUGACUCAACUUGCUACGAAACUUUUCGAGAAGGUAUAGCUGUUGAUCGCGCUUCCUACGGCGCAAUCUAUGACGCAGGUUUCUAUGAGACCGCCCAUAACUUUUCCAACUCGAUGCCCGGCGAUGCUCUGAAGUUAGAGUCAGUCAAUGCCACUCUCCUCCAUGAUAUCCCGAAGGGAGUCACUGCCUACAGGUUCCAAUAUGUGUCACAAGAUCUCGAUGGCAGAAAGGUCCCAGUCACCGGUUUCAUUGCUUUUCCUUAUGCCAGCAGGUCGAAUGGCCUUGUGUACCCUACAAUCGCCUAUGGUCACGGAACAUCCGGUGUGUUUCGAGGCUGUGCACCUUCGGCUAUGCCAAGCUUCUAUGAGUAUGGCAGCUGGGCCUUCUUAGUCUCACGUGGAUAUGCAAUUAUCGCCACAGACUAUGCCGGGCUCGGGAACAACUAUACCGCCCAUCAAUACCAAGCUUCACCAGCACAGGCUCAUGACUUGUACUACUCAGUUGCUGCAGCUCAAAAGCUAUUUGGCCACGCGCUCACGGCCGAGUGGAUGAGUGUCGGCCACUCGGAAGGAGGUGGUGCAGCUUGGGCUCUUGCUGAGAGCUCUCUGCUGCAGAAAAACCCCCUUUCGCUCGGAAAGUACCUUGGUACGGUUGCUCAGGCACCCGGAGUUCGAAUGCAAGACAUGGCACUUGCUGCUAUUCAGGGCUCAUCUUCAUCCGGUGUUGUUUCGACUCGUGGUGUUCUUGCGGAAGCUGGAUGGCUCGCUCUCGGCUUGCGAAGCACUCUUCCCAAAGACCCUCAGACUUGGCUACAGCCUAAAUUUCGGAAGCGUCUUGAGCUUGCGACACUCGCUCAGGCAUGCUACGCGUCAAUGAGAUCGUUAGUUACGGACCUUGAUAUUACUGAUGUGAUCAACAUCUCAGACCCAAGCCUUCACUUUGCCCUGGAGAAAAUGCAAAACAUCACCGCCAGGGGCGAAGGCAAAAGUGCCCAACCUGUCUUUAUUGUACAGGGACUUUCCGACGUUUCGGUGCUUCCGCAAGUGGUCGAGACCGCAUACAAUGCUAGCUGUCAAUCCGGAAAUGAGGUUCACCUACAAACAUAUCCUGGCAUCGACCAUGAUCCGGUGAUUCCUGCUUCGGCACCAAGUUUCCUUCAGUGGAUUGACGAUCGUUUCGAUGGCUUCAAGACAACAGGCAAAUGCAGUAACACGACGGUCAAACCAUUUGACUAUAUCAAUAUGUACGCUCCGAGCGACGCCUCUAACUAG